GUGUGUGUGUGUGGUUUUUUUUUCUGUAUGUAACAGAUGUACAGGAGGUGUUAAUGCUUGAACUUUUGUUAGACAUUCUAACACCAGUUCCUUUAGUUUUCUCCAGGAAGCUCGUUCAGUGGGCUCAGACUAACACUGUAGUGUAAGCUGUAAUGUUCUUCCCUAUCUACGUAGGCCAGACACAGGGGCUCCACAGGGACUGUGGUGUCUGGUUGUGGUAGCACCCACAAGUUCUAGAUUGGUUAUUAGCCACUUUUAAAUCAAGAUGACUAUUAGCAUUUUUGUUGGUCAGAGAGAGAGUUAAAUUCUUGAACAGUGUCAUCACUGGUGGAGUAGAGGAGGACUCAGAAUAUUCCAUGAGAACGAACAAGCAAGAGGAGAGAGAGAGCUUAGAAAGGGCUCACAGGUCAAACUUGAAAAUUGUUCAAGAAAGCAAUUUGCUAGUAAGCAGAAAAUGGUAGGAUUUUCUGAUGCCUGAUUAUACCAACUAUAUUUUGAGUGAACAGGAGGUUGAAAUGUAGGUUUUAGGAAACAAAACCUACAUCCAUUUUCAGAUGGAGGGGGUUUACGUAAAAUUUGUGUUGUAUUGAUACAAAGAUCAGACAUGCAGUCAUGACUUCUGGAGGUGGAAUGAUGUCAGGCAAGGGUGCAAUAGGAGUUAUCAAUGGUGCAGUUGUGCUGGCUUAAGUUGUGCGUGCACUCAGUAUUUGCCCAGGAGGGGAGGAUGGAAAGGGAAGGCAAUUUGCUGUCAGUAAAGCACCACAACCCUUUUGUCAGUAUACCACAGAAGCACUCCUGCAGCAGCCAAGUAUUCCCGAUAUAAAUCCAAAGAUAGAUGGGAACACUUUUGAGAGGCGUACAUAAGGUGAUAAGAGGAAAAACAUGGAGAAUAAGAUAGCAGAGAAACCUGCGUGGCCUGUACAGCUGCAAAGAUCUGGGAAGGAAGAUACUGAUGUGAAUUCUGUAACCUCAGCAGAAAGUUAAUUCUAAUAUAGUAAUUGUCUUUUCCUGACUCUUUAGUCCAGCAAACACACUUUUGGUACAACCCAAUGGCCUUGACAUUCACUUUUUAAUUUUUUUUUUCUGGUUCACUACUUUCUCCUCCUGCCCCCUGUCUCUCCCUGUGCCUGGUGCUUAUAAGAGAGAAUUCCCAGGAGAAUGCAGCGUCUGCCCCAGGCUGUCCCGGGAGUGCAAGGCUCAGUCCAGAGAGGAGCAGGCUCACUUUAGCCCGUGGAUGCUGCUUGAAAAGGAAUUAAAAGAGUCAGCUCUCGAGGAAGGGGGUCGGGAGAAGCAGCACCCUCUCUGCCCUCAGCGGCCGGGGGGGCCGGUCCCUGCGCGCUCCCCCGGGGGUGCAUUCCCCAGCGCCGUUUAAGGCCGCUCAGCGCCAUAAAUGCCAUUUGCAUCGGGAUAGGAUGUAACAAGAGCUGUAAAUCACUGACGGCGGAGGGAGCUCCUCCGGGGGCAGACACAGCGGAGCCGAGCCUCCUCGAGCCGUGGCAACGUGUGAACGGUAUCUUCUGUCGGGGGGCAGGACCGAUGGCAAUUAGAUGAUACUUAUCUGGCUCUUUGAUGUGUAUUUACACAAACAACGUUUUCCUGGGGGGCUUGCGGUAUAAAGCAGUCGUGCUCUCCGGCAGCCUCCUUCCCGGCAGCCCCGAAACAAGGCAGGAUGACCAAGGCCCCGUUCUCCGUGGAGUGGCUGUCCCAGAGCAGCCAGGCCCCCAAGAGCCCCACACAGGGCACCCCACGCCGAGCACCCUCCUUGGCCGCGGGCCGCCAGUCUUCCUCGGGCUCCAGCCCCGGCCUGAGCGAGGGGAGCAAGGAGAAAAGCUCCGGGAAAGGCGGCAGGAGCAGGGAGCGCUUGGCAGCACCCCCGGCUGCAGGAGCAGGCGAGCGGCCGCGGACAGCGGGGCGGCCCCAGCUGGAGGGGGGUCCCGAGAGCCCCGAAGAGGCGGCGGGCAGGGGGGGCCGGCGGCUGCGGACGGCGUUCAGCGCCGAGCAGAUCGGCACCCUGGAGAGCUCCUUCCAGCGGCACCGCUACCUGGGCGCCGCCGAGCGCCGCAAGCUGGCGGGCAGGAUGCGGCUCUCCGAGGUGCAGAUCAAGACCUGGUUUCAGAACCGCCGGAUGAAGCUCAAGAGGCAGCUGCAGGAGCUGAGGCCGGAGGCUUUCUGCGGCGCCCCCCUGCCCUACGGACCCCAGAGCGGCGUGGUGUCCUUGCCGCUCACCUGCACGGCCCCGCCGCCAGCUCUGCCCCGGCAAGAGGCUGCCUCAGGGGGCUUCGCUUUAGCAGCGCUGCCGGCACCCACCCUGGACCUCAGCAGCGCCUGCAGAGCACAGCCCGUCUGCUUCUGGGCAGCGCCCUGCUUUGUAGGUUAUAGGGAUCCCAGAGCCUUCUUGCUGGGUGUCUGACCCGCCGGUACGGACAGUGACUAAGGAGGAUUUGCACUAACGAUAGCUCUCUGGGCUGCCGCUGCCUGUAACUGCCUGCUGGACUUACGAUGCAGCUCUGAGCCAGGUAUAGAGACAUGCUGGACAAUCUGGAUCAUCGACUUCAGACCCACCGAAUACAAACAUAGUGGGCAAAUACUAGUAUAAAUGUAAUCUCUUCACAAACAUAAACACUUUGUAGCUUUCUUCUGAAUCCAUUACACGGAUUGCAGAACUAUUUAUCCUGCCCUAAAAGAGAGCUCCUCCCCAUUAAGGAAGUACAGACUCCUUAUUCUCUAGAUCUGUUUCAGCCCUUGUAGGGAAUCCGAAUUAUCUUGCAUGGGCUCAAGCUUACAAUUAACUGAGGGUAAAUGCAAAAAGUGCGAAUUUCCCUCUGUCCCCUAAAGCAGGUAUCCAGUCUCUCUGCUGUAUCCCAUGUGGCACUUUCUGUGAUGGGGCUGUGAUUUUAACCAGAUAUGUGGAUGCAUCUGGAACUAGCUACUAGUAGUUAAUACUGGGCCUUUUAUGAAAUUGUGUUGGAGUUUUUUAAAUAACAAAAAAAUAUGAUUAUUAAGAUGUAAAAAGUUUACUUUUAAGUAAAUGUGAAAAUAUUUUAUCACUCUUACAUGGAUGGCCUCAGUAGAUUAAGUAGAUUGAGAGCCUUUUGCCUAAAUAGAUCUUGGAAAGGAUCUGGACUUGCAACUUCUUAUCUGUUGUAGGCUCCUAGCAAAAGAGUAAUUUCAGCAUCUCUUGUGCUCCUAAUGGGGUUUGAGGAUGGUUAUCAAAAGAAAUGCAAUAUUCCAAAGCUAUUUUUCCCUAAGUGGCAGUGAAGUUUGUUACUCUAGUGCUAUGCACUUUUUAUUUGAGUAAUGCUCUAGAAAACAUGAUCAAAAUGGCUGGAUUUCAGGCUGGAGAAAGGGCUCUGUUGAAUGAUCUUUGGCUGAUGUAAGUUGUCAUAAAUCUUUCAAAGUCAAUUGUGAACUAACAUGAAAAGAGCAAUAAAAAUUUCCAUCACUUUA